UCUCCUCCCCACCUCCCGCCUGCCUGCUGCAUCCACGGCCCAGGAGGACGACGGCAAGGUGCUGCGAGGUGAGGAGUGUGUGCCCCACUCCCAGCCGUGGCAAGUGGCCCUCUUCGAGCGCGGACGCUUUAACUGCGGUGCCUCCCUCAUCUCCCCAUACUGGGUGCUGUCUGCAGCCCACUGCCAAACCCGCAACAUGAGAGUGCGCCUGGGCGAGCACAAUCUGCGCAAGCGCGACGGCCCGGAGCAGCUGCGCGCUGUUUCCCGCUUCAUCCCACACCCGCGCUACGAAGCGCGCAGCCACCGCCACGACGUGAUGCUGGUGCGUCUGCAGCGGCCCGCGCGCCUGUCCCCGCAAGUGCGCCCCGUGGCGCUGCCCGCGCGUUGCCCCCACCCCGGGGAGGCCUGCGUGGUGUCCGGCUGGGGCCUGGUGUCCGACAACGAGCCGGGGACCACGGGAAGCCCAGAGUCACAAGUGAAUCUCCCAGAUACGCUGCAUUGUGCCAACAUCAGCAUUAUCUCCACCGCAUCCUGUGAGAAGGACUACCCAGGGCGCCUGAUGGACACCAUGGUGUGUGCAGGUGUGGAAGGCGGAGGCACCGACUCCUGUGAGGGUGACUCUGGGGGACCCCUGGUCUGUGGGGGCGUCCUACAGGGCAUUGUGUCCUGGGGCGACGUCCCAUGUGACACUACUACCAAACCUGGUGUCUACACCAAAGUCUGCAGCUACCUGGAGUGGAUCAGGGACACCAUGAGGAGGAACUGACUGUUCUGGCCUAUGACCUGUGCCCCCGACUGAGCAG